GAUCGACUACCACAUAAGCUAGAACUAGAAGUGUUUGGUUGCUUGCAUAUAUAUAGGAUAGGUGAUCGAUCGAUCGGUGAUCAAUCCCCUCCCCUCCCUGGAUCGGAUCGCCCAAACAUAGCAGCAGCAGUUUGCGUACUUCGGCCGCACCUCACCUGCCAAUCCUUGUACGACAGCGCCCUCCCAACCAUCUGCUCUCUCUAAGCUCUAGCUCUACCUUUCUUCCUCCUCGAUCCAUCCAUCAUCGAUCAUUCUUCUUCUUCUUCACCUAGCUAGCUUGCUCCCGCCAGACGGUUCUAAUAUAAUGAACCAUCGCUAGCUAGUUCAUCCCAUCGUACAGUGCACUAGUAUAGUAUAUGGAGGAGUACGUGACCGCGGGAAGCACUACUCCUCCGCCCCAUCUUCACCAGCUGCUCUCCGGCACCGGCGCUGCACCACCACCGUCGUCUCACGAUGACGCCCAUCCUCACCCUCAUCCUCAGAGCAGAAGAACAGUGCCCGCGCGGCGGCUGCGGCAGAGACUUGAGCAAGAGCAGGUGAGUGAGCUGAAGAAGCAGCUGCGGAACGAGGAGGCGGUGCAUGAUAUCCUAAACCGCGCCCUUCAGCACUCAAACACCACCAAAUCAUCAUCAUCAUUGUCGUCUCCAUCCGUCCUCCACAACAUCCCUGCAUUCAUCCCGCACAAGGCCAAGGAGCUUCUAGCAGAGCUGGUGCUGGUGGAGGAGGAGAUUGCCCGCCUGGAGACCCAGAUCCGAAGCAUGAAGAAGGCGGCGGCCACCACAACUACCCAGAAUGCAAUCAACCUCACCCACGACGACACUGUCAAUGCCAAUGUUAAUAGUGGAGGAUCUGCAGCAGGAGAUCAUGCCAACAUCAAGUCCAUGUUCUUCAUCAGUCAGGCCAUCAACGGCCUCGACACAAGCCGCCAUCAUCAUCCUCUCAUGACCAUCGUCAGCAAUAAACCUCCCACUCCCAGUCCAAAGCUUAAUUCACUCGAUGAUACUAGUAGUAGUAGUAACAAAAAGAAGAAGAUGGUGCAGCAGCCCAACAAGCUGUCGGAGAGGAUCGUCAAGUGCCUCAUCUGCAUCUUCAUCCGACUGCUCAGGUCCUCGAGGGUCGCCGACCUGCAGCUGCAGCAGCAGGACAACAACAACAACAACGCUAGUAGUAGGUCCUCUUCCUCAUCGCCUUCACUGACCAGGCAGCAUCAGGGAGGAGGAGGAGGUGGAAGCUUCAGAAUCGACACCAGCCUGGUAAUGAACAAACAGCAGCAGCAGCAGGAUUGCCGGUCGGGGCAGCAGGAUCACUACGGCAUCUUCGCCAUCCCGGAUUCCAUCGUCAGAGAUAUAGGCCCCUACAAGAACCUCGUCAGCUUCACUUCCUCCGCUUUCGACCUCAGAGGAUUCUCCACCUCUCCCCUGCUCACCAAGCUCAGGGGGAUGCUGGAGGCACUGCAGCAUGUGGAUUUGAGGUUUCUCACUCACCACCAAAAGCUUGCCUUCUGGCUCAACAUAUACAACACCUGCAUCAUGCACGGGAUUUUGCACAAUGGACUACCCUCAAACCCUGAAAAGCUACUUGCACUGAAGAACAAGGCCACGCUGAAUGUAUCAGGGCAAAAGUUGAACGCCUUGGUGAUAGAGAAUUUCAUCCUCAGACAGCCAUCCAGUGUCAAAGAAGAAUUCUGGAAAUGCGAGGUGGAUGUGGAAGAACAGCAGGUGAGGAGUCGUUACGGGCUCAACAGCUCAGAACCCAACAUUCUGUUCGCACUCUGCUGUGGCAACAGAUCAUCUCCCGCGCUACGAAUAUACAAGGCUGAUCGUGUGAUGAUGGAUCUGGAGAAGGCGAAGCUGGAGUAUCUGCAGGCAUCGCUGGUGGUGACAUCGACGAGGAGGAGGCUGAUGAUCCCAAGCCUCAUACACUCCAACAUGCACGACUUCGCAAAGGACCUGGACUCGCUUGUUCGCUGGAUUUGCGACCAGCUGCCCACGUCCUGGUCUCUCAGGAAAUCCAUGGUUGAUUGCCUCAGGUGGUCCGGACACCGUCUCAACAUCCAUCACCUCGUCGACGUCAUUCCAUACGACUACGACUUUCAGUACCUACUCCCAAUGUGAACUGAUUCCAUCUCUGCUUUCUUUCCUUUUUUGCCGGUAUAUAUGUAUGAGUAUUAAUUAAUUUGUUUUGCGGAGACCAUCUUAAUUAAUCUAUGGCUAUCCAAUGAUGUUAUCUAUGCAUCGAA